AUGGCGGCUGUCGGAGAGGAAGAUCCCUCCGAGCGGGAGCUGAUCCCGAGUGAGGAGGACGAGGUGGAAGAGGUGGACCAGGAAGUAGCAGCCAAGAAGCACCAGCAACUGGUAGAUGCCCUCACCGCCUUGGUUGGUGGGAAGCGACGGCGAAAGGCUGAACGUACUGAGGCCAGUGCGCAGAUUUCAGAAUUUGAUGUGGGCGGCGGAGGUGCCAGUGAGAAAGUCCAGCUCUCGGAUCUGCUGCAACCGGUUUCUGCUGUGUCGGCUCUGCGCCCCAUUCAGAAACAGCUGAAAAAAGCCCAGCAGAAAAAACCAACUGAAAUUCCACUUAGCAAGGAGGAGACUGAGCGGGUGGUGAGGGAAGCAGCUUUCGCUCAGACAGCCGAAGCGCUGAACAAAUGGGAACCCGUCGUGAAGCAGAAUCGACGGGCCGAGCAACUGGUCUUCCCGCUGCAGCAGGAGAGUGUGAACAUUAUGCCCAUCGAGGAAGUGAUGUCAGGUUGGCAGGCACGGACCCCCUUGGAGCAAGAGAUCUUCAGCCUUCUCCACAAAGCUCAGCAGCCAGUGAAGGAUCCACUUUUGACCCCACAGGAAAAAGUCUCCUUGAAGGCCAUGAGCCUGGAAGAGGCUAAGCUGCGUAGAAUGGAGCUCCAGAGAGCCCGGGCCAUACAGUCUUAUUAUGAAGCAAAAGCCCGACGGGAACGGAAAAUUAAGAGUAAAAAGUUUCACAAAAUGCUUAGGAAGGGGAAGAGUCGGAAGGUGCUGCAGGAGUUUGAGACGCUGCGGAAGUGCAAUCCCGAGGCUGCCCUGGAGCAGCUGGAGACGAUUGAGAAAGCACGGAUUGAGGAGAGGAUGAGCCUCAAACACCAGAAUAAGGGCAGGUGGGCCAAGUCAACUGUCAUUAUGGCCAAGUAUGACCUCCAGGCUAGGCAAGCAAUGCAAGAACAGCUGGCUCAGAACAAAGAACUAACCAAGAAGGUCUGUCCUGCCUCAGAAAGCGAAGAGGAAGACAUAGGUGACAGCCCUGAAGCACAGAAGGAGCUUGUUCCAGAGGUUGUCAAUGAGAGGCAUAUCGGAAUGGAUUUCAGCAACCCCUGGAUGUUAGGAAAAGGUCCUGCAGAAUCCAAGGAAAAGCCAAAUCUUCCAGUAGAAGACAGCGGAGAGAGUGAGGGAGAAGGAGAAGAACCACUCAUGGCCAGCGAGAAGGAUCUGUCUCAAGGUUCUGAUGGACCAUGGCAGAGCCUAAAAUGUCAGCUAGGCAGUGCUGGGCUUCAAGAACCUGGCAAAGAGGAGGUCCCACCAGAUGCUCCGCCGAGCCCCCCCUCAGGGGAGCAGCCUUUCCUGAGUGAGAAGCUGAAACGGGUCCGCACCCUGGAGGACCUGGAGGGCCUGGAGCCGGAAGACGCUCCACAAGAAGGCGAGAUGCUGCAACCCAAAGAGACCCAGUCCUCCCAGUCAGUGGGAGCCGAGUCCCUGCUACAUCCCCAGAUCAGCAAGUCCAAGAAGUCGGCCAAGCAGCAGAGCCUGAUAGAUCUCAAGGCGGUCCUUGAGGGAACACCACGUGUCACACAAUGCCCGCUUGUGCCCGCUGCUGUGCAGGAUGAGCUGGAGUCCGCCGUGAGCCAGCGGCAGAUGAUCCAAGAGGCUUUUGCCAGCGACAACGUCCUCGAUGACUUCCUGAAAGAGAAGCGAGCAGCUGAAGAAGGCAGCAAACCCAAAGCCAUUGACCUGGUGCUUCCCGGAUGGGGCGAAUGGGGAGGCGUGGGGCUGCAUCCAAGCAAAAAGAAAAAGAAAAGGUUCCUUAUCAAGCCAGCACCUGGACCUCCAAGGAAAGACCGGCACCUGCCCCACGUUCUGCUGAAUGAACAGCGGAAUAUUUUAGCCGCAGCUCAUCAGGUGAACCAGCUCCCCUUCCCCUUUGAGAACAGUCAACAAUUUGAACGCAGUAUCCAAGUGCCGGUGGGCUCCACUUGGAACACGCAACGGGCUUUUCAACAGCUGACAGCUCCCCGGGUCAUCACUCAGCCCGGCCAGAUCAUUCAUCCCAUCACUGCAGAAGAUACCAACCUGAUCCACCAGAAGGACAGGUCAACAGCCACAGCUGGACAGAAACCAGAUUUGGAGUUAGCCCUCCCUUUCCGCCAGCCUCGUCCCCACCAUAUCCCAAAGAAGAAAGGCCGGUAGGAGUGAAUUUGUGCUUAUUCAACCAUGGGCACAUUGGCAUCUUGUUGGCACUGUCCAGAACUGGACAUUGCCCUUCUUUGAGGCUCAUCCUAUUUAUAUGAGGAUCAUAU